AUGCCCAGCAGUCCGGAUGCCCGGGAGGGGCUGCAGGGCGAGAAGCCGGCAUCCCCUCUGAAAGGCCUGCCCCGCGUGACUGCGGCGCACCGGGUCCUCCCGGCCGCCGGGGGGCGUCCGCAGCCGGACGGAGGGCGUUGCUGCGCCGGAGACGACGUCGCGUCUCCGGCGCGAGACUCUGAGGGUUCAGGAGCCGAGCGAAGGCGGAGGCCGAGGCGGCGCCGGGCCUCACAGCAGCAACAGCAGCAGCAGCAGCAGCAGCAGCAGCAGCAGCAGCAGCAGCCCGGGGGAGCAGAGGCGUGCGGAGGCCACCGGCGGGAACCUCGGAGCCACUGUCCGCCCGCGCAGCCGCCGCCGCCGCCGCCGCCGCCGCCGCGGGAGCCCGUAGCCGGGAACAGCAGCGGCGGAAGACAACGGAGGGGCCGAGCGCCCGCGCCGCGCCGCGGGGACCGAGCGAGCAGCCCGAGGCGGCGGCGGCGGCGGCGGAGGACGGGGACGGCGACGACGCAGAGGCCGAGAGGGAGCCGCCCGGCCCGGCCCAGCCCCGCUUUCGGCUCUCGGGAAGUCCUUGCGGGGAGCGGGGAAGCAGUAACCGAUUUCUGGUUUAGGAACCGUGCGAUCGUCUCGUUCCCGAGUUUUUGGGUCGUUGCAGCCAUUGAACCCCCUUAG